CACCAUCACCAUCACCAUCAUCAUCAUCAUCAUCAUCAUCAUCAUCAUCAUCAUCAUCGUCAUAGUUUCUGCUGAGUCAUGGCGGGAGCUCUCAGGAUGACUGAAGCUCAGUUCAUCAACGUCUACGACAACGAGCUGCAGAUGAAUUUGAUGCAGUACGACUACAUUCCUCCGGUGGACAUAAAGACUGAACCCUACAUACCUGAGACAGCUCAUGGUCCUUACAUUCAAAUCAUCGAGGAGCCCAAACAGAGGGGCUUUCGUUUCCGUUAUGAGUGCGAGGGCCCGUCCCACGGUGGGCUGCCGGGGGCCUCCAGCGAGAAGAACCGGAGAACCUACCCCACUGUGAAGAUUAAUAACUACGUGGGUCACGCCCGGGUGGAGGUCCAGCUGGUGACGCACUCGGAUCCCCCACGCGUCCACGCUCACAGUCUGGUGGGACGCCACUGCACCGAGAACGGGACCUGCACCAUGGACGUGGGCCCCAACGACCUCGCUGCCUCGUUCAGUAACCUGGGGAUCCUCCACGUGACGAAGAAAGGCGUGGUGGAGGUUCUGAGCCGGAGGCUGCGAGACGAGAGGAAGAGACAGAAAGGACCACUCGGACACUUCACAGAUGCGGAGGAAGUGUCGAUCCAGAAGGAGGCCAAGGAGCUGGGGAAGGUGAUGGACCUGAACAUCGUGCGCUUAAAGUUCACUGCCUACCUGCAGGACAGCAACGGAGGGUUCACCCGUGGCCUCAAGCCCGUCGUCUCCAACUGCAUCUACGACAGCAAGUCGCCAAACGCCUCCAACCUGAAAAUCUCCCGGAUGGAUAAGACGUGUGGCUCGGUGCUUGGAGGAGACGAGAUCUUCCUGCUCUGCGACAAAGUCCAGAAAGAUGACAUCGAGAUCCGUUUCUACGAGGAGGACGACGAGGGAGGCUGGGAGGCGUUCGGAGACUUCUCACCUACUGACGUUCACAAACAGUACGCCAUCGUGUUUAAGACUCCGCCCUAUCACAGCGCAGAGAUCGAGCGGCCCGUCACCGUCUUCCUGCAGCUGAAGAGGAAGAAGGCCGGAGACAGCAGUGACCCCAAACAGUUCACCUACAUACCACAGGUCCAAGACAAAGAGGAGGUGCUGAGGAAGAAGCAGAAGCCGCUGCCUCAUUAUGAACCCUGGAGAGGAGGAGGAGGAGGAGGAAGAGGAGGAGGAGCUGGGGGAUUUGGAGGAGGAGGAGCUGGAGGAGGAGGUUUCCAGUUCAACCAGAUGAAUGGAGGAACAGGAGGAGGAGGAGGAGGAGGAGUUUUCUUCACCACCAACUUUACCGGUUUCGGCGGAGGGGCUCAGAUGCCAGGCUCCGGCCCUCACACGGGGACGGACGGACAGACAACGGGACAGACCGGCUCACCGCUACAACAGCAGCUGUUUCAGAUCGCCGCCACGCUCCACAGCAGAGCCUCGCAGAGCGCCAGACACAUGGCGGCCGCCCUGCUGCAGUACUGCAGCACCGGGGACGCCCGGGUCCUACUGGCAAUCCAGAGACACCUCUGUGGAGUCCAGGACGCCAACGGAGACACUCCUUUGCACCUGGCCAUCAUCCACCAGCAGUCCGGUGUGAUCCAGCAGCUGAUCCACACUCUGCUCAGCAGCCGGCAGCACAACCUCCUCAACACAGCCAACCACCUCCAACAGGUAACAAUCUCCAACAGGUAGCCACC